AUGUUUUCGACAAGCGACGAUGCUGGAUUUAGUUCAUAUAAUCCAGAUUCUGACGCAGGAGAAGGAGAACAGCCAUCACACGACAUUUUAACGUGCGGUUCAUGUCAGAAAACAUUCGCACUCGCCGAAAUUGUAAAAUUCAUCCAACACAAAGUGUUACAAUGCAAUAAAGAGAAUUAUGGACAAUGCUACACACAAGGCGCAACGGGUGAUAGAGAUUCAGAUGAUGGACGCCCAUUAAGUCUAGCAAAUUCACGACGACCUUCAAUAUCAGCGCCAAUAUCUCGUAAAUCGAGUGUUUCACGCGUUCAUUCACCACCACUUACAAGCCCAUCAAGUCAUCUACUCGAAGAUGGAUCAACGAGUACACCAAAAAGACUCUCCGAAGACAAUGACAUGGGAUCUAAGCGACCUAGCAGCGCCACACCAUCAUUAGAUUGUAAAGAUAAUGUUGUAGACAAUAAGAAUCGCGAUAGUGUCGAAAUCAAGCAAGAGCGUCUCAAUGAUGCCAGCUUGUGUCCGGAUGAUGACUUUCAUUCAUUACCGCCACUCAAGAGAUUACGUGCUGAUGUUGUUGAUGCUGAAUCAAAUACAACAAAUAGUGAACCAUCAAACUACGUAUGCUCAACAUGUAAGACAAAAUAUAGCUCAGCAUGGCGAUUGGUACAGCACGUUCAGCACUCACAUGGCGUAAAGAUUUACGUGGAUACGUCAAAUGCAAAUCAACAGCAAAAUCAAACAAAAUCAUCGUCAUCAUCAUCCUCAUCGUCGUCAAGUAAUAAUCUCAGUGGCAGUUCAACGUGUUCAACGAGUUCCUCAAAUGGUUCCGGCCAAUCGUUGCAGCAACAGCAACAACAAGCACAACAACAACAAAAUUUACCGCCUCCCAGUUUACGUCAUCAUCCAUUAUUACCACCACCUGAUUUACAUGGUAAUCCAUUUGGAUUAUUACGAAUGCCAAUUCCAGCAUUGUCACAAAGUCAAUUAGUUCCACAUGGACCAUUGUUUUCACGACCUCAUGACUUCCGUAUCGAACAAUUUGAGCAAUUUAGACAUCAUGGAUUAAAUUUAGCAGCUGCUGCCGUUGCUGCUGCAAAUCAAUUGAAUCAUAAUCAGGCACAAUUUGGACAAAAUGCACCAGAACGUCCACCAUCAUCAUCGUCGUCAUCAGGAAAGAUUAAUAUUCCACAAAUACCAACAAUGGAACCUCACUUAGAUUUCUAUUCACAACGAUUACGUCAAUUAGCUGGUACAACGAGUCCAGGCGGUAGUGUUGGUGUCACACCAAGCUCCCCAAGUCCACGUAAACAGCACUCACCAAAUUUUGCAAGUCCAUCACCAUCACACCAACUCCCACCGACACCUUUAACAAACAAUUCCCGACCACAGAGCUUAACACCACCUGAGAAGCACAAUGAUAUGUCAUCUGAGAAUGGCAUGGGAAUAACAGCAACACCACGUUCCGCAUCAACGCCACCAAAAUCAUCGUCACAACAGAAUGUCGAUGCCAUUCAUACAUGUGAAUUUUGCAAUAAGAAAUUUAGAUUCCAAAGUAAUCUCAUUGUUCACCGACGUAUUCAUACGGGCGAGGAUAUUUAUAAAUGCACAAGCUGUGAUUUUACAUGCGUUCAAGCAUCACAAUUGCGUCGUCACAUGAGACUACAUCGUUCGCCUGAGGAUCGUGCUAGUAAUUCGGGAUCGGUUGAGACAGAGAAUGAGGACUCACCUGAUGAUUUAGAUGAUGAGGAGGCCGAGGCAGAAGAGAUGAAUGAGGAUGACAUUGAUGAUGAGAAUGAUGAGGAGGCUGAAGAUUUAAGUAUGUCUGGUAUUCAAAGUAACAUUAGUGUACGAGAUAAGGAACUUCUGCAACAACAUCAUGCAAAUCGUGCAGCAUCACUGGUUGGUGAGCUAAUGGAUAAGUUUGGAUUAUCAAAUAUUGCACAAUAUUCCGAAGCAUAUAAACAGGCACUUCAAGAGUCUGAGAAUGCAUUAAAACUCCAUUUGACAAGUAAGGAUCGUGAUAAUAAUAAUACAUCUCUGUCAAUUCCUGGAUUAGCUGAGAAAUUAAAUGGCUUUCCUGCUGCACUUCGUCUUAAAGAAGAGCUCAUUGCCAAGAAUAUCAUGCAACACCACCAAAAUGCCCAAUUACCACAAGUUCCAUUAUUCAAUCCAUUCGAGAAUCCAUUUGAUGCUUCAAAGCGCCUCAAAAUGGAUGGAAAUGAUGGAUGGUGGAAUCUGUCAAACUUCCAUCGUAACGAAGCACUGUUGGAAAACUUGAAAGCCAAAUUGCCUCAUGGUAUGAAUGCCAACCAUCAAAAUCCCCUUCAGCCACCACCAAAAAAGGAGUCAAGGCGUAACGAUACAUGCGAAUAUUGUGGUAAAGUGUUCAAGAAUUGCUCAAACUUGACAGUCCAUCGACGAUCGCAUACAGGCGAGAAGCCAUACAAGUGUGAGUUGUGUAGCUAUGCUUGUGCACAAAGUUCAAAAUUGACACGUCACAUGAAGACACACGGUCGACUGGGCAAGGAUGUCUAUCGAUGUCGAUUCUGUGAGAUGCCAUUCAGUGUACCGUCGACACUUGAGAAGCAUAUGAGAAAAUGUGUUGUGAAUCAGGGCAAGCUAGCUGGCAAUAAUCAACAUCAACAACAACAACAUAACAUGCUCCUACCACCAAAUAUGCAGCAAUUAGGACUACAACUUAGUGCUUCACAAAAUAAUCCAACAAAUCUCUCAACUGCCGCCGCACUUAAUCUCAAUUGUAAUAGUAAUGGAAGUUCAAUCAGUAGUCUCAGUAUGGGUGGAUUACCAAAUGGACUUAAUCGUAAUAUGGACGAGAAUUCCAAUCAAUCUCAGGGUAUGAUAAAGGAAGAGCAGAAUGCAUGACUCUUUGCCCCUCCAUGGGCCUAUGAAAUGCCACCUAAUCGACUUAUGUCGAGGAUUUUCUAAUGGAAUUCCAAACAUACACAUGCAAUGCUAGUCCAACCAAAAUAAUAAACACAUUAUAAUAUCGAAUUUAGUGAAUUAUAAUAUUUUGUUGAUGAACUGAAAAUUUUGAAAUUUUUAUGGCAACAAAUUGGGAAAGUUUCAAAAUUUCCACUUUGUCGAUGCUCACGAUAAAGACAGACGCAAUAUGGAUAUAAAUUAUAUGAGAGGCAUUCGAGCGAAACCAAAGGAAUAAGGUUAGAGGAUGAGAAGAUAUCUUCGUGAUGAUCGUUUUGUAUAGUAAAAGAAAAACUUGUAAAAAUUAAUUAAACAUAAUGAAAAGUUCUGAUGUAUCAAAAAAAAAAAUGAAAAUUGUAGACAAAAUUAUGUAAGAAAGAAGUUUGAAAAUUGUAAAAAGUAAGAGGACUUAAGGAUGAUGACAGAAUGCUAUGGAAAAAAUAAUUGUUUGAGACGGGGGCAUGAAUUAUGAGAAAUUGUAUAAAAAAUAUCCCGAUUUUUACGGACAACCCCCUUCAAAUUUCAUCAAUUUAAGAAGGGUUUUCGUAAAAUUGUGGAAGUUGUCACUAAAAUUGAUAUAUAUGCCUAAGAAAAAUUGUUAAAAUUAUGUAAAAUACAGAGGGGUUGUCCAUAAAAAAUGGGAAAUAAUUUUAAACAAUUUUUCCAAAUUUCAACCCUCUCAAAAAAUGAAAAAAAAUGUGAAAAUUGAAAUUAAAUUAAUCCAAAAAA